UAGAUAUAUAGAUCACAUCCCAUUUCUCUCACCCAAUACUUCUCAUAAUUAUUUUCCAACUCCAUUAUUCCAAAAUCAAAACAACAAUGGAUCUUCUCAACCUCUCCUGCAUUCUCUUUUGUGUCUUGAGCUGCUUCACCAUGCUUCCCUCUUCUCUCGCUCAAGACUCGCCCCAAGACUACGUCAAUAGCCACAAUCAUGCUCGUGCCGCAGUUGGGGUUGGACCUAUCAAAUGGGACGAGAAGGUGGCAAACUAUUCCAGAUAUUACGCCAACAAACGGAUGAAUGAUUGUAGGUUGGUGCAUUCAAAUGGACCAUACGGGGAGAAUAUUGCAUGGGGUAGCCCUGACUUGAGUGGCAUCAAUGCAGUCAAACUUUGGGUAGAUGAGAAGCAAUACUACAACUAUAACAGCAACUCAUGCGCCAGCGGCAAGGUGUGUGGCCAUUAUACUCAAGUGGUUUGGAAGAAUUCAAUGAGACUUGGAUGUGCAAAAGUGAAGUGCAAAAAUAAAGGUGGUGCAUUUAUUGUUUGCAACUAUGACCCUAGAGGCAAUAUUGUUGGUCAGAGGCCAUAUUAAAGGAUAUAUAAAUAUGUAUAUGAUCCCAAAUAAAAUGAGAGACCCUCAAGGGCUCAUAAUCAUAUAGUUUAAAUAUUUCGUGGUGCCGUGGGGAUGUAACUCUAACGAAAGAAUAAGAAAUAAAUAACUAAAUUUUAUGAAUUGUAA